AUGACCCACGCCCAGAAGCACCGCGAGGUCAUCAAGGUCCUCGGCGACUACGGGUGGACGCCUAUUCGAGUGAAGGGCAGCCACCAGACCUGGAUGUCCGCGACCGGCAGGCCGUUCGUGGUCCCCACUCAUUCCGAGGUGUCGCCAUACGUUAUGCUUCAGCUCAAGGGAGUCCUCAAGUCGGACAACUGCUACCGCAGUGCAUCCUCUCAUCGCACCGCCAGCGUCGUCGCCGGCAUGGACAAUGGAACCCACACGGCCAUCGCGCCAAACGGAGGCGACCUGAGCCUAAUCGAUGCGCCCGCAGACACGCCGAGAGCUGCUUCGUUUGGCAUCGUCCCUCUUAGGACACUCGCAGCUGGCGGCGCUACGCCGACAGAGUCGAACAUUGCGUCCCUCCUGCCGCCCGACCUCGCCAACGACAGCGCGUCCGACUCUGGCUCGCGUCGUUCCAGCAUGCAACCUCGCGUUGCCUCUCGACAACUGCUGCAGACUGCCCUCGACCUCGCUCAAAAGGCUGUCGAGAUGGACAAGGGCAACGACGUCGCCGGCGCGCUUGCGGCCUAUCGUGAUGCCGUGACCAAGCUCCGAGUCGUCAUGGAGCGCGUUGGAGUCGAUCCCACAGAUGGCAAGCGAGGAGGCAAAGAUGCAGACGAAGGAAGGACGUUGCGCGGAAUUCACGACGCCUACAUGGCCCGCAUAACUCUGCUCUCGGCGUAUGAGGGUUCGGACGCGGAAGAGGCUACGGCGGGAAUAGGGACCCUGAUGUUGGAGACGACAUCCAUCAACUCGACACCACCACCAGCACCCGCCCCAAAUCUGCAUCUCUCUUCUGACAUCUCUCCCACCAACGGCGACGCCGGCCCAAGCAACCCCCUCCGUUCACCGGUAUCGGCAUCCGCACUCAGCUCGAGGCGCAAGAAAAGGAUAACCUCAAAGCAGUCCUUUGGGCUCGACGAGGAAGCCGAUUUAUCCGGAUUGGACGGUGUCGACGGCGACGAGGCCAGCAUCCAGGAGGCCAGCUCCGUCCGUGGGUUAAAAACCUUGCCGCCAGUCGAGGCAUCGCCGCGCACCAGUGCCGAGUCGGAUCGCCCUCUGCCUCCCCUUCCCGCCUCUGGCGGCGGCGACAGAACCCGCAAAAUGAGCGUCGCAGAAGAGGCCCAGGCCGGCGUUAUCGCCAACUCCACCACGACGAGCAACUCUAUCAGCAGGAGAAGGCACCAGCGAGGACCGACGGGACAGUCCAUGUCAUCCAUUUCCGAACUCAACGCGUCGCCGCGUGGGUCCAUGAUCGAGAGCUACGAAGGGUCGACCAGGUCGCGCACCGUCUCGAGCAGAACCUAUGUCAACGGCGACGCUUCCAUCCCCCCUGUCCCCCCGCUGCAGCCAGCGUUCCGUUCAACACUGGCACCCCCUAUUCGUCUCCAGGGCAAUGCACAUCUCGCACCACGACCCGAGCCACAGCCCACCGAGCUGAUCCAUCGCCCGUUCCACUUGUUGCGCAUUCUGUGCAUGUCGAUGGACCCCUCUGGUCCAGGCGCGUACUUGACCUCUGCGAUCCACAUCGACCCCGCCAUGUGGAAGCCCAGCAACUGGAGACAACCUGGCUCGUCAAAGUCAAGUAGCCAGCCAAAGCUCGUGGGGCAGGAAGCCAAGGCGCGGGCGUGCGAGGCCCUUAUCGGCCACCUCGAGGCGAUCAGGAGUACCGCUGCCCCCCUUCUGAUGGGCGUGCGUGACGAGCGCUACGGCGGUGAGGGACAGGCACGCUUGUCAAAGCACGAGAUGGAGCAGGCGAACCGCGUGGGCGGCGAACUCUCGACGCUGUUGGACGGCCUGGACGACGAGCUCGACGCCACUCACAAAGCGCUCCAGUCCAAGGGUGUGGCUGUCGGCACUUGGAAGGGCAAAACCAAGAGUAGCUGGGGAUCGCGCAUCUCGGCGCGUGUUGACAAGAUGUCGCGCGGCUCUGACUCGCCUGAACGAUACGUCGACCUCCUCGGCCAGCUCUUCCUCUCGGCUCAGGUUGUUGACGAGCACCUCCGUUGCUUCACCGGCCCCUGCACCCCGGCAUACCACGCCCUCCCGCACAAGACGUACAAGCAAAUUGAGACGCGCCUCACACGAGCAGCCCAGUUUGUUGGUGCCGUCAUUGUGCCGUUUGUAAUGGACGACUUUAGACAAUUCAUGUUGGGAUACCUCAAGGGUGGACUCAAGUACCUCGAGGACUGA